AUGCGUCAAUAUGUUCCAUUGAAUAAACGAGAGAAGCUCCUUGAGUCUUCUGAGCCUGUUAUCACGUUUGGAGCACGUGAUGAGGGUCGUUUGCAGCAUCAGCUUGAUGUAGCUACGUUACAGACUCUCGAAAUGCUGAAAAAGCAACAAACAAAGCUCCAGAAAGAGCUCAAAACAGCAUCUAACCAUGUUGAUAUUAGACUCAAGAAAAUCUUUGCCGGGAGAAACUCCAACCUGCUUGAUGAGGUUAAUUCUCAGAGAACACAGACCUUUGCACCAGAAAUUAGAAAAGGGAACGCCGCGUCCCCUUCGCCACGACGCCAGCUAGCACGGAGUCCCGCCCCACAGAGGGGGGACGCUCCACUCAAGGCGAAGGUGAAUUCGGGCUCCAGGGUAUCCCCGAGGCACUCCACUACCACACGUCUUUCAGUUUUUCCUGUGGCCUUUGAGGAGUCGGAGUUUAGCUCCUCGAUUCGCUGGGCGGAGGUUGCCUUCACAGAGGCGAGCGUGGCUGCCUUGGGUCCUGGAGCAAGCGCAGAAGGGCCCUGCCGUGGGGACUUCCCCAAUCCUCUCAUGGCUAGUGUGGCUUGCUAUAUCUUAAAUGAGGUGCUGAAGAGAGAUUCGAACAUGCGGGGGUUGUGGGCUCUGCUUCGAGAUACGAUCUUUGAUAGCAUCUACAGUCCCCUCAGGAUUGGUGGUGAGGUUCAGGGUUGCGACGCUCAGGAACAAGGCGGAAACGGAGGUGAAACUCUCACUGCAACAAACAGCGAUAUCUCUAAAGGGAGGGUGUUGACCUAUCCACAGCGAAAGGCUACCUAUGAAACGUUGUUUGACUUUUCCAACUACUGUCUCUGGAUCCAAGAGAUUGUGGCUUUACAACGCAAGAACGACGUCCCCUGGCAGCGCAUUCAGGAGCUUAAGUCUUCAUUGAAGGGAAGUGUCCAUGUUUUAGAGUUAGUACGACGCCGAGCCGAUAAUUCGUGGUUACAGAAGGUGUUUUUAGCAUGGCAUCGUUAUACCCAGCAUGCGCAUAGGUUUCGAAAAGCUUCCAUGAUGUUAAUCUUAAAUAGCAUGCGGCGGCGCGUUGAGGGACAGUGCUUCCUGCGCUGGCGUCGCGCCACGUUACAUGGCAAGCUGGAAAAGCUCUAUAGUCUUCUUUCUGAGCAUAAACGUGACGCUCGCAUGAACGAACAGGCCCACCUCAACACAAUUCUUCAGCUCCGUAACCAGUUGUCUGCGGUGACUGACGCGAAGCGGUUAAUGCAGGCCGAGUUGGAGGAUCAGCUGUUGGGCGUGAAGGAGAGCCACAGCUUGUCAGAGAAGGCUCUCCGUGCAGCCUACAAGCGCUCCGUCAAAUACGCAGAACGAUAUAAGAAACACGCACGCCGGUGGGAGCGCUUGGCCAAGACAUUCCGACCAACGGAGCCCUGCCCGCGCGUUCCCAAGUCUCUCUUCGCUCUUAGCGUUUCUCUUACUAAAUAUGAAGGCGAGCUGUCGAAGCCGUACCAAAUCAGCACCUUCCGCAUCGAUCUUGCCCGUAAAGAGCUUUCGAAGUUUUUAUUGUGCUGGGUGAACAUGGUGAUGCGUGCGUCUCCGCGGGGGAAGGUGUGGAUUCCAAGGGAGCAUAUUGCAAGCAGUAGUCGAGUCCAGGGUGACGGUACGGCGUCAUGCGAUGUCGCUAUAAAAUCCAAAACAUUAAACGAAGCCGCAUUGUUGUGUCUUGUGCGCGAACUACGGCGUCUCCAGGAAGCAGGGAAUGAGUUUGACAGGCAGGAAUGUAGCGAGUUCAACGACACGUUUCGGAGUUCCACUUUAUUAGGCACCGGCGACAUCGCUGACGAAAUGACCACUGCAUUGGAGGAGGCCUAUCAGGUGCUAUACACGUACACGUCCGAGGGUCUUUACCCUUGUCUGCUGAUGCAUUGCCCGCGCUUUUUCUUUCAACAUCGUACAAAAGACACGUCAACGCAAAGUUCCGCAAAGAAUCGUCAGCUUGAUGAGUUUGUAUACACUUUAUCAGUGCUCUGGCUCCUUGCGGCACUAUUCACGGGCUACGUCCGUUUUCAUUAUGGCAUUGAGGCGUUCUUGCCAUGCAAAUGUCCACAAUACCUUCGCUGUGCCAAUGAGAAAAAGCUGCAGCGAUCCGCCAGACAAUCCCUGGGCGUGCCGUCCGUUUCCUCUCUUACUGAGCUCCCCAACAACAGUGUAACGUGUUCACUUGUGCCCCUAGUAAAGGACGACAACGCAGCAGGGGGGAAUGGUACCGCCAACGGUGAGGGCGGUGAUCGGGAGCAUCAAAAAGGGUCCCCGGAGGCCUCGUUGGCCGCGGACCUCGCGGCGGCCACUGAUCUCACCACCAGCAUGAGAGCGCUCAGUACCUCCUCCUUUUUAGUACCUCGCAACCCUGCCUACGUGUAUGCGUUUCGUGGCGAUGACAUCGGCGAUACAAACUCGGAUAUUGACGUGUACACAGGACGCGAGGAUGCGAAUCUGCCGCCCAGCGACUGGGAGAAGGACGUGGAUGGGAUUUUGAACGACCUCGUGCGCGAUGAGGAGCAUGAAAUGCGCAAGCGUCGGCGGCUGCGUCGGAAGGAGGAGGAACAUGAGGCGCAGAUGCAGGCCUCAUCGGAAAGCCCUCUUCCGCACGUGAGCGUGGAAGGGGUCGACAUGAGUGAGGGCCGUAACUUGGAAGUUUCUCAUUCUAAAAGGAAGUCUGCGUUUCAGAAGGAAUAUAAAACCAUGCCUAAUAAGUUCUCGAACGAAAAAUGCAGCUCGCGCGGUGCUUCGCUCGAAGCAGCCUCGGUGGAUUCUCAGGAUUCCUUGCCUCCUUUACACAAUGGCUCUGAACAGGAUGACAAGUCCGCUAGUGAAGCAAGCACGACAUCGGAGGACGAGUUGAUGGAUACCGACAGUGAUGACGAGGUCGCCACCAUGUCUCUUCAGGGCAAUCAGCGCGGUAGUAAGGGGCUUUUUGGGGGACCUCAUGACAGCCUCGAGGUUGUUCGACGACAAUUUUUGACAAAAGUGCCGCUCCCGAGUUCGGUCUUCAGCGUACACACCGGCAAGAAAAGCCGGAAUAAGAAUUCGAAUCGCGGCGUCCUGCUGUUGCAAUCGCCCGGUGAGCGCACGGAAGCGCGUCGGCUGGAGCGGGCAAAAAAUGGGGGCUUGCAUGCCUUCGUUGAGCGCACCUUGGUGGAUCGGGACCGACGGCAGAGGUGGUUUGGGAUGGCUCGCGUUGUCGUCUCGCUUAUUACGCGUUUGCGCCUGCUAGACAUUAAUAUGAAGACGAAGACUGCCAAGAUUAGUUCGGCAGAGCGAUCGAGUAACUCAUAUGAUAGACCGGAGAGCAGCAAGAAAUCCCGAUCUAAGCAUAACUCUGAGGCUCGCAUUUCUGUUUCUCGGCGCACCAAAGUGAGUUCCACUAGUCUUAACACUGUUUCAUCAAAACCCAUCCUGCGGAUCGCCCCGGGUGGUGAGGUGACUACAGGUACCAAGCCAUCUUACCCGAAUCUGCAAUGUCAGAAGAAAAGAAAUCCUCGUAUCAAGGGGGAAGGGGACUCAACACAGCCGAUGAUAGACCAAAACAAAGGCGCAGGUAACCCAGCAGAGGUUUGCGCACCCCAGAAACGACCACACGUUGUGGAUCCAUCCGCAGAGGCGGUGAUGGGGGAAGAUACAUUUUUUGAUGACUCGAACGUCAGCCGAGGUGAUUACGCACUAAGCACUGUCAUGAUGAAAGGUGGAGGAGGAGAAGGAGGAGGGAGGAGUUUGGGUGCCUCACCUUCUCUAAAUCCAGUUAACAGCUUUCCGCCAGUUUCGACAAGCCAAACCGCCCGCCGCGUACUCGCACCCGACGCCCACGCCGACGUCAACGGAGGCAUUACCACACGGGCUUCAAUGUGGUCACUACCUCCUACGUUUCCUCGAGGCCCUUUGGAUCCUAUGAUAAUUCGUCCCGAGGUACCCUAUAAAGGUCCUAGAUGUAAGAUGCUUUAUCGUUUUGACCUUCAGGAUAAGGAAAGAUAG